UUUUACCCGCCGUGGGGGUGUAAUAAUUAAUAAAAAUUAGGGUGAUAAUUUGCUUAGAAAACUAUUUUUAUGUACACUAGGCGAAAGACAAGAAGAAACUGUUUUGGUUAAGCAUCGAAAAUCUUCUUCCACGAUUUCUAGAGCUCCCUCCAUAGCAAGUGUUGGUCCUUUAUCUGUCGAUUUAGAAGAAACGGAAGAAAUAGAACCUGACUCAAAUUUCCCAAUUUUCAAUGAGACACUAGCUCCUUCCAUAACGACGAUUGAGCCUUUAUCUGUCCGUUUCGAAGAAAAACAAGGACAAGAACCUGUCCGUAGUAAAUUGCCAAUAACAAGCAAAAACGAUUCACUAGAAUGUAGAAUUGAAGAUUUGGAUGGAAGUGAGGAUGAAGAUGAGGAGGAUGAGAAUAUGGAUAUUAUAAUUACACCAUGGAGGAAUGAGUCACAUUUUGACAAAUUUGAAUUGUGGUUGGUUAGCCCUGAUGGUAAGCGAAAAAAUAAACGUGCUGCGAAACAACAUUCCAGACAAGUGCAACUGAUUUUAAAGGACACCAGCCAAGAUUCAUACGAAUUAUCCGUUCUUUUUGACCGCAUGAAGAUCAGGAAUCAAUGGUUACUGAAUUUUGAAAAACGGAGAAAAGCUGGAACUAUAAAAAGUUAUCUCCAUUCUCUAUGUCAUUUUUACAAGUAUAUUUUGUGUGACACACCUGUGCUUUUCAAAGAUUUCGUUAAGGACUGUCCAAGCAUGAUAGUUAUCAUGGAAAACUGGAUUGUGGAGUAUAGAAAGAAGGCCAAAAGUGACAAAUGGAUGAAAGAUUUGGAGCAGUUAGAUCAGCUCAUAACAGCUGAAGAGGUCAACACCUUCGAUAAUUCAACACACGUAUCCAAUUGUCGCAGGAAUAUCAAGGAAGUGUUGGCCACUGGUAAAGUUCCAACAUUCAAGCAAUUUACCUCUGUUCGAGAUUAUAUCUUAACUUAUCUCUGCUUGGAUAACGCGUCAAGGACCGGUGCUUUGGCUAACAUGACAACCAAAGAGUUCAUGACGGGAAAAAUGGAAAAUGGAGUAUAUAUUGUAAGUGUUUUUAACCACAAAACAAUAGCGACGUCGGGACCAGCGACAAUUUGCUUCACUGCAAAUCUAUAUAAAGAAUCAUCGAUAUUCUUUCAACAUUUCCGAAAUAGGCUAGAAGGCCUAGACGACGAAAAAGGUUCUGCCAACAACCCGUUUUUUACCAGCUGGAGCGGAAAUAAAAUGUCUUCUUCAAUGGCCACAGGCCAGUUGAACUCAUUUUGGAAUAAAGCAGUGGGAAGGAGUUUGCUGCGACCACGUCUUAAUGCAACACUAGUCCGCAAGACGUGUGUCACUAAAACUCAUUCUUUGAGGCCAGAGUUGGAGCAACAGUUGGCAAAUUUAAUGUGCCACUCCAAGGCAACAGCCAGACGGUCGUACUUUCUGCAAGAAAAGUCAAAAAAUGCCGCAGAAACAAGUAGGGAGCUGAGAUCUGUUCUACGCCAAACUGGGAAUAACGUUGAUGUGUCUCUAGAGGAUGCCAUUAAAGUGCAUUUUGCAAAGGAGAUAAGUGAUGGUAAAAUCACUCUGACUGUCGUGAAAGAAAAGUCAACAUUACAUCCGAGCUUUUUUAAUCUUACCUCACUACAGCUACGAGAUAAAAUUCGUUAUUUCAUCAUGUCGAAGACGAAGAGACAGAAUAACGAUGAAGUUAGAGAUAAAGGUAAUAAUUUGAGACAUAGCAUUUUAAUACGUUUUCACAAAUUGAUUUUUAGUUUUCUUAUUAAAAUUUUAACCUGAUUACGCAAUUUAUUAUUAUCCCAUUCUUUCUGCACAUUACGUUAUAAUUCCCCUGUAAGCUUUACGUUUUUUAAAAAACUUAGACUUUUAAAAAAGAAAGUGACUACUAUUAACCAUUUCCUUCCCCCAAAAAUCAUAUUUUCAAAACAAAUGUAAUUUACAAGUUUCGCUGCGUUGUCUCGCGUGGCACUUGGAGACUUAAUCUUGUAAAAAAUAUAUUCUGCUUUUAGAAAAAGUGUCCAGUCACUGUAGUCACUAGAUUUUGCUUUUCCAAAAUAAUAAUGACAAACUGCCGUACUGGGGUAACAGGCGAAGGACUCUUGGGGUGUAUUAACUUCACAUUGCUAAUCAUGUUGUUCUCCGUCAAUAUACCUUUAAUAUUUUGUGAGUGAGGCGUUGAAGUUGCUUUUCAUAUAUGGUUAAAAUAAAAUGAAAAGGUGUUGCGUCAAUAACUCAGUUAUACUUAAAUAAUACACAUUUACAUACAACCCUGUUCUAAAUAGCUUUUAAAAGGAAAAUUAAAACGGAUAACUUUAAAAAUGUACAUAAUUAAAAUAGAAAAUUAAA